AUGGGGCUGGUGGGCAGCAAAAAGCAAGUCAAGGAGAAGGGCAAGAGCCACUGGAGCCCCACGACAGUCAGCGCUCAGAGCAAAGCGCCCCCACCACUACCGCCCCUGGUCGUCCUUAACCACCUGGACCCGCCACCUCCCAGUGAACUCCCAGAGCAAGAGGGACAUUUUGUGGUGGCCCUGUACGACUACGCAGCCGUGAACGACCAGGACCUGCACAUGGUGAGGGGCGAGAAGCUACAGAUCUUGCAGGAAACUGGAGACUGGUGGUUGGCCAAGUCGCUCGUCACAGGGAAAGAAGGCUACGUGCCCAGCAACUUUGUGGCCGGAGUGGAGUCCCUGGAGGUGGAAAAGUGGUUCUUUAAGUCAAUCAGCCGGAAAGAGGCGGAGAGGCAGCUUCUAGCUCCAGUCAACAAGGUCGGCUCCUUCCUCAUAAGAGAGAGCGAAACCAGUCAAGGCGCUUUCUCUCUGUCGGUGAAGGAUGCCAGCCCCCAGGGGGAGGUGAUCAAACACUAUAAGAUCCGCUCCCUGGAUGAAGGGGGCUACUACAUCUCCCCCCGAGCCACCUUCCCCUCCCUCCAGGCCCUGGUGGAGCACUAUUCUGAGAAGGGGGACGGUCUAUGCCAGAGGCUGACCCUGCCCUGUGUGGGCGUGGCUCCUCAGAGCCCCUGGGCCCAGGACGAGUGGGAGAUCCCCCGGCAGUCUCUGAAGCUGGUCAGGAAGCUGGGCUCGGGGCAGUUUGGCGAAGUCUGGAUGGGUUACUACAAGAACAACGUGAAGGUGGCCAUCAAGACCUUGAAGGAGGGAACCAUGUCUCCAGAAGCCUUCCUGGGCGAGGCCAACCUGAUGAAGACGCUGCAGCACGAGCGGCUGGUGCGCCUCUACGCCGUGGUCACCAGGGAGCCCAUCUACAUCGUCACGGAGUACAUGGCCAGAGGCUGCUUGCUGGAUUUCCUGAAGACAGAUGAAGGCAGCAAAUUGUCCCUCCCACGCCUGAUCGACAUGUCGGCCCAGAUUGCUGAAGGCAUGGCGUACAUAGAGCACAUGAACUCCAUCCACCGCGACCUGAGGGCGGCCAACAUCCUGGUGUCCGAGGCGCUGAGCUGCAAAAUCGCUGACUUCGGCCUGGCCCGCAUCAUCGACAGCGAGUACACCGCCCAGGAAGGAGCCAAGUUCCCCAUCAAGUGGACUGCGCCCGAAGCCAUCCAAUUCGGGGUGUUCACCAUCAAAGCAGACGUGUGGUCAUUUGGGAUACUCCUGAUGGAAAUUGUCACGUAUGGGCGGGUGCCGUACCCAGGGAUGAGCAACCCCGAGGUCAUCCGCAGCCUGGAGCGCGGCUACCGCAUGCCGCGCCCGGACACCUGCCCGCCCGAGCUGUACCGCGACGUCAUCGCCGAGUGCUGGCGGGACCGGCCCGAGGAGCGGCCCACCUUCGAGUUCCUGCAGUCGGUGCUGGAGGACUUCUACACGGCCACCGAGCGCCAGUACGAGCUGCAGCCCUAG